AUGGCAGAAGCUAGAAUUUCAGUGGAUCAGAAUGAGUCUAGAUGUCCAUUGUGUAUGAAGGAUCUUGAACUAAUCCUGAAUGAUCCAGUGGCUCUUCCCUGUGGACACCAUUUCUGUAAGAGCUGUAUUACAGGCCACUGGGAUCAAGAGGAUCAGAAGAAAGCCUACAGCUGCCCUCAGUGUACAAAGACCUUCAGUCCAGGACCUGUUUUAGGUAAAUACACCAUUUUGGCUGAAGUGGUGGAAAAACUGAAGGAGACUAAACUUCCUGCUGACUGUGAUGCUGGAGCUGGAGAUGUGCAGUGUGACGCCUGCACUGGAAGAAAAUACAAAGCUGUCAAGUCCUGUCUGGUGUGUCGGAUCUCUUACUGUCAGAAUCACCUUGAACCACAUGAAAAUUUGUUUAAAGGAAAGGGACACAGAGUGACUGAUGCCACUGGACGACUGCAAGAGAUGAUCUGUCUGAAACAUGAGAAGCUCCUUGAGCUUUUCUGUCGUACUGACCAGAAAUGCAUAUGUGUGCUGUGUGUGGAUGAACAUAAAAACCACGACACAGUAUCAGCUGCGGAACAGAGGAUAGAGAAACAGCACCAGUUGCAGAGGGAGUUCCAACAGAGAAUCCAGCAGAGAGAGAAAGAUCUUCAGCAGCUGAGAAAAGCUGUGGAGUCUCAAAAGUGCUCUGCACAGACAGCAGUGGAGGACAGUGAGAGGAUCUUUACUGAGCUCAUUCGCUCCAUUGAGAGAAGAUGCUCUGAGGUGACACAGUGGAUCAGAGAUCAGGAAAAGACUGCAGUGAGCCAAGCUGAAGGACAACUAGAGCGACUGGAGCAGGAGAUCAAUGAUCUUAGGAGGAGAGGCGCUGAGCUGGAACAGCUUUCACAAACACAGGAUCACAUCCAGUUCCUGCAGUCUCCCUCAGAACUUCCUGAAUCCACAGACAUGAAAGACAACCCCUUCAUUUCUCUCUUCUCUUUCGAUGUCCUGCGAGAAAUUGUCCAUCAGCUGCUAGACAAACUGAAGGAUUUCUGCAAAGAGGACAUCAUAAGGAUCUCAGACAGAGUCACAUUUACCAAUAUUGUUCCCAAGACCAGGAAUGACUUCCUACAGUAUUCCCAUCAGUUCACUCUGGAUCCAAACAUAGUUAAUAAAAACCUCUCUCUGUCUGAGAGCAACAGAGUGGUUACUUACACUGAGGAAGAACAGCCGUAUCCUGAUCAUCCAGACAGAUUUGAUGAUGUGUGUCAGGUGUUGUGUAGAGAGAGUGUGUGUGGACGCUGUUACUGGGAGACUGAGUGGAGUGGAGAUAAUGGUGUGUUAAUAUCAGUGUCAUAUAAGAGCAUCAGCAGGAAGGGACGGAGUAAAGAGUGUGUGUUUGGAUUAAAUGAUCAGUCUUGGAGUUUGAUCUUCUCUUCCUUCACAUGUUCAUUUCUACACAAUAAUAUAGGGACUAAUGUCCCUAUAGAGCCCAUCAGCAGGAGAAUAGGAGUGUUUGUAGAUCCCAGAGCAGGAACUCUGUCCUUCUACAGCGUCUCUGAAAACACUAUGAGCCUCAUCCACACAGUCCAGACCACAUUCACUCAGCCGCUCUAUCCUGGGUUUAGAGUUUAUCCUGGAUCAUCAGUGAAACUGUGUGGAUGAAUCAGAGACUGACGAGAGAUUCUACCCAUAAUGCUUUGAGCUGCAUGAUAAAUCAGUGACAGUAAGAUGUUAUAGAUUCUCUUCAUGACAUUAAUACUGUA